AUGGUUCGCGCUCACAAACCCUCUGCUAUCGGAGUGGGUGAAUCCACUCCACAGCCCAUCCUUUCUGUCAAGGAUGGUAUCGUGGAGGUUACCCUUCCUUCCGGCGAUUCCCUUACAAUUCACCAGUAUGGCGCUACUGUCACCUCGUGGAAGUCUCAAGGCCAGGAACAGAUUUUCCUGAGCCAGAAGGCUCUUCUCGAUGGCUCAAAGCCCAUCCGUGGUGGCAUCCCUCUCGUUUUCCCUGUUUUCGGACCCCCACCAAAGGAUCAUGCAACCUCGGCCUUGCCGCAACAUGGCUUUGCUCGUAAUUCGAACUGGGAAUUCUUGGGCAAGUCGUCGGCGGAAUCAACCGAGAGCCGGGACAAGCUGGCGGUGAAGCUGGACUUUGGUCUGUCGCACACUAUGUUGACGGAGGGGUUCCGGAAGGCAUGGCCAUAUGAGUUUGGUCUUGUUUACAGUGUUACUCUCAGCGAGGGUACAUUGAGCACUUCAAUCCAAGUGCGCAAUGAGGGCCAGCAGAACUUUGAAUUCCAGGUCCUCUUGCACACUUACCUGAAGGUCGAAGAUAUUUCCGAUGUCCGCGUGAAGGGCCUUGACUCCAAGAUCUACAUCGAUAAGACCCGCAACGCAUCCUCCCACACCGAAACCUCCUCCGCGCUGGCAAUCGCCGAAGAAACCGAUCGUGUCUACAAAGAUCUUGACCCCACUGUUCCAAUUGUUGUGUCUUCCGCCAAGGAUGAUAAGCCCUUUUUCUCAAUCACUCGUGAAUCUUUGACUGAUGUGGUGGUCUGGAACCCGUGGAUUGAAAAGGCUAAGGGAAUGGCCGACUUUGGCCCGGAUGAGGCUUACAAGAACAUGAUCUGUGUUGAGGCCGGUUCGGUCUCUGCUUGGCAGACCCUCGAGGCUGGAGACUCCUGGGAAGGUGGUCAGAGCAUCAAGUCGCGUCUGUAA